AUGCAGUCAAAAAUUUCUCUAACUACAAUUACGGCUGACGAAAAAAUCAAAUAUUACUUGCUAACUGAAACCGAAGCUUUACAUGAAAUUACGAAAGCAGCUAAAGAUGUCAAUGAAAUUCUUAAUUUACCAUCAACCACGUUGGUACGAUUAAUCCUGAAUAAUUUCCAUUGGGAUCAAGAUACACUUACAGAAAAGUUUUUUACAGACGCAGAAAUAUUAUUUAAAGAACUUAACGUAGCUAAUCCAUAUUUAUCACCGUCGCUUCAAUCGAAUCCUCUUUCGCCUGGACACGCUCCUGAACGUGAUCCAAUGCUUGCAGCUGUUGAACAAAUGGCAACUGAUAAUACAAAUAAAACUUGCCGCACUUGUUAUUCAGAAAAGCCUUCAGGUGAAUUUUAUGCAUUAAGAUGUCGACAUCAACAUUGUUUAACUUGCUGGCACAGUUAUCUCGAAGCAAAUAUAGGACAGCACGGUUGUCUUAGACCAAUAUAUUGUCUAUCAAGAUGUAUUGAAGUUAUUGACGAUGAAAAAAUCUUAGAAUUAUUAUCAAAUGAUCAAAAUCUUUGUGAUCGUUAUCGAAAAAAUUUGGUACAAGCAUUUGUUGAAGCAAAUCGUUUAACACAAUGGUGCCCAGGAAAUGGAUGUGUAACUAUAGUUAAAUUAAACACCUAUUCCGCUAAUCGUGCACAUCUUAUUGAAUGUGAUAACUGUAAAACAUCAUUCUGCUUUCAAUGUUCAAAGCCGUGGCAUGAACCGAUUCAAUGUUCAUUGUUGGCAAAAUGGGAACAGAAAAAUUGCAAUGAAUCAAUGAAUGGCACAUGGGUGAUUGCUAAUACAAAAGAUUGUCCAAAAUGUCAUUCGGCUAUUGAAAAAAAUGGCGGUUGUAAUCAUAUGACGUGUAGAAAACCAGGAUGUGGCUAUGAAUUUUGUUGGUUAUGCUUCGGCGAUUGGAAGUCACAUGCAACUCAACAAUGCAAUGUUUAUCAUGCACAGGCAACCGAAGAAGCUCAAGCCAGUGCUCGCGAAAUUCUCAAACGUUACAUACAUUAUUUUACACGCUAUCAAGCGCAUAGUCAAUCUCUUGAGUUUGAAAGUAAACUCAAAGAAAAAGUUGAAGAACGUCAAAAGGAAAUGGAAGUCCGAGCGAUGACGUAUGCAGAUCGACAAGCUCCGGGAAAAGCAUUUGAAGUUUUGCAACAAUGCCGACGUACGCUGAAAUACACAUAUCCAUUUGCAUUCUAUUUGGAACGAAAUAAUGAAUCGAUAAUGUUCGAAGACAAUCAAGCACAUUUAGAGCAAACAACAGAAAUUUUAUCGGAAUUUCUCGAACGUGAAUUCGAUGGCCAACAUGAAACUGUAUUAAAAUUAAAAGAUACAACAAAUUUUUGCGAACAACGAAGAAAAAUUUUAGUGAAAGAUUGUAAAGACGGAUAUAGUAAACAGAGAUGGAUAGGUCUUGAUCCAUACUAG